CAUCGCGCGCCAGUCCGCGCCCGAGGCCGACUGUCGCAUCGGUUCGCGCCUACGAAACUUUCGGCCGGCUAGUUGGCGGUUUGUUGAAAAUGCGGCACGUUCCGGCGAACGUAACAAGUGAGACUCGGAGUGAGUGACGGACGGCGCUGCCGAGCGUUUGAUUUUAUCGGACCAGUGACGUGUCGGUGACAGUGAUAGGAUUUUGUAUAUUUAGUUUGUCCAUGCUACACUUGAAUGUGGAUGGAGUUAGGAGAGGUGUCGGAAGAUGCAUUUCAAGGAGUCGUUCGCUAUGAGCGAUCGACCGAGCGAACGCGCCCGCCGCAACUCCCGGUGCAAAGGUGCUGGCGUCAAGAUGGAGCACUUCCAGGCGGCGCUGGACCCUCGCAAACAGGAGUUACUGGAAGCGCGCUUCUUAGGCGCCAAGGUGAGCGCGAGGGAGAUACUAGUAGAAACUCAACGGACGCCUGAGUGCAAGACGAUGUCAGCUGGGUCACAAAUUCAGAUGGCACCACAAACUACUGUCAACACGGGCCAACCACUACACAGUCAGGACUCCAAUAUGAGCACAGGAUCGUCGCAUAGUGAUAAAGAAGUUGAUGCAUUGACUCCUGAAAAAUCAGCAGCUAUGCGAGGCUCAAACUCGGGGCCUGGAGCAGCGCUGGUGCCCCCCAGCGGUGCCACACCCACCAUAGCAAUGCCUGAAAGGAAGCGGAAACGAAAAGGAGAAGAAGGCGUGGGGGGCGGAGGGGGAGGCGGUGGGAAGCAGCGGCACAACUCCUCUGAUAAGAAUAUUAGAGAAUACUUCUCAAAGCACCCAUCGUCCAGCCCUGUGCGGCACACUGGUGCGAAAUCACCUUCACCAAAUUAUCCUAUGUACCCACCGUCACCUUCGUCGCUGCUGCCUUCGGGAGCCGAUUUUUUACGUUCCGCCGCCUCUCAGCAGCGACUUUCACAACCUUCUGUUAAACAGGUUCAAACAGAACUGACAUGUCAGAGGAUACAAGAGUUAGAAACUCAAGCAUCAUCUGACUUAGAGCUAAGAAAUAAUAGAAUAGAAGAAUUAACAAGAACUAAUGAAGAACUGAAACAUCAAGUGCAAGCACAGAGCAAGGUAAUAGAGCAACACAAAUCACACAUCAACAAAUGUAUAGAAGUUGUUAAGAAGCUAUUGAAUGAGAAAAGCACUAUCGAGAAGAAGGAAGCGCGGCAGCGUUGUAUGCAGAACCGGCUGCGGUUGGGGCAGUUCGUCACGCAGCGGGUGGGCGCUACCUUCCAGGAGAAUUGGACUGAUGGAUACGCGUUUCAGGAGCUAACUAGGCGGCAAGAGGAAAUAACAGCUGAAAAAGAGGAGAUCGACAGGCAAAAGAAGCUCUUAUUCAAGAAACGGCCGUCGAACAGCGAGGGCGGCGGCGGGCGCGGCAAGCGGGCCAGCGGCGCCGCGCCGUCCACGCCGCAGCCGCCGCCGCUGCACAACGGCACCGACGCGCCCACCUUCCUCAAGCCCGACCCGCUGCCCAGCAUGACGUGGCAGGAGUACUACGAGGCCGACGAGAUCCUCAAGUUGAGACAAAGUGCACUAAAGAAAGAGGACGCCGACUUGCAGCUAGAAAUGGAGAAAUUGGAGCGGGAAAGAAAUCUUCACAUUAGAGAACUAAAGCGGAUACACAACGAAGACCAGAGUCGGUUUUCACAACAUCCUGUGCUCUCUGAUCGGUACCUGCUGCUAAUGUUGCUGGGCAAGGGCGGCUUCAGCGAGGUGCACAAGGCGUUCGACCUGCGCGAGCAGCGCUACACGGCCUGCAAGGUGCACCAGCUCAACAAGGACUGGAAGGAGGACAAGAAGGCCAACUAUAUCAAACACGCCCUCCGGGAGUACAACAUUCACAAGGCCCUGGACCACCCGCGCAUAGUGAAGCUGUAUGACGUGUUUGAAAUCGAUGGGAAUUCCUUUUGUACAGUUCUUGAAUACUGCAAUGGACAUGAUCUCGACUUUUAUCUAAAACAGCAUAAAACGAUCCCGGAGCGCGAAGCCCGGUCCAUAGUAAUGCAGGUCGUUUCCGCGCUGAAGUACCUCAACGAGAUCAAGCCGCCGGUCAUCCACUACGACCUGAAGCCGGGGAACAUCCUGCUCACUGAGGGAAACGUCUGCGGAGAGAUCAAGAUCACGGACUUCGGAUUGUCCAAGGUCAUGGACGAGGAGAACUAUAACCCCGACCACGGCAUGGAUCUGACCAGUCAGGGCGCGGGCACCUAUUGGUACCUCCCGCCCGAGUGUUUCGUGGUCGGCAAGAACCCACCAAAGAUCAGUAGCAAGGUGGACGUGUGGAGCGUGGGCGUGAUCUUCUACCAGUGCCUGUACGGCAAGAAGCCCUUCGGCCACAACCAGAGCCAGGCUACCAUCCUGGAGGAAAACACCAUACUCAAGGCCACCGAGGUGCAGUUCGCCAACAAACCUACAGUCAGCAAUGAGGCUAAGAGCUUCAUCCGCGCGUGCUUGGCGUACCGCAAGGAGGAGCGCAUCGACGUGUUCGGGCUGGCACGGCACGAGUAUCUGCAGCCGCCGAUGCCCAAGCCGCGCGGGGCGGGCGCGCCGGCGGCGGCGGCGGCGGCCUUCGGCGCGGGCGCUGGUCUGUUCGGCGCCGGCGGCUCGUCCUAG